AUGAGUCUGGUUCAAAAAUUAAAGCUUAAUAGUACCAGAGUUAUCUCUAGUUAUCAUCAUCAAUCAUUUGUGAGAGAUUAUUAUGGUUCAGGAGGUAACAAGAGCAGAAGAAUAUCACAGCUCGAGAGUUUUGUGCAGGAUGAGUGUAAGUCUGGUAGGAUUAAGAAACUUGAUGAUGGUUUAAGAUACUUUGAUCAAUUAAUUUUGAUAAGGCCAUUACCUUCUAAUGGUACAUUUAAUCAUGUAUUGGGUUCAUUAACGAAGAUCAAGUGCUAUUCAGAUGUCAUUAUGUUGUAUAAGAAUAUGAGUUUGGUUGGGAUACAACCCAGUAUUUAUACAUUGAGCAUUUUGAUUAAUUGCUGUUGUCAAUUAGGAAAAGUGAUUUAUGGUUUUUGUUUGCUUGGAGAGAUUAUUAAGAGAGGUCAUCAUCCUGAUGUUAUCACAUUCACUACACUGAUUAAAGGGUUGUGCCUUCAGGGGAAGAUUGAUUAUGCAUUCAAAGUGUUUGCUAAAAUGACUCAACCAGGUAUUCAACCUAAUGAGUUUACAUGUAAUACUCUUAUACACGGGAUUUGUUCAACUGGUCAAGUAGGUCUUGCUCUUCAGAUAAAAAACAAGAUUCCAAAAUGGAAUUGCAGACCAAAUGUUGUUUCAUAUUUUGUGAUAAUUGAUGCUCCUUGUAAAGGAGGUUUAGUUGAUGAAGCUUUGGUUCUCUUCUCUCAAAUGCACAGAGAUUUGGAAGUUAUUCCAAAUGUAGUUGUUUACAGUUCUUUGGUCAACGGACUUUGUAAUUCAUGCCGGUUAAAUGAGGCAAAGAAACUCUUAGGCGAGAUGGUCAAUAGAGGAAUUUUAGCAGAUGUAAACACAUAUACUUGUAUGAUUCAUGGGCAUUGCCUACAUGGUCAGCAGGAAGAAGCAAGAAGAUAUUUUGAUGAAAUGAUGCAUCAGGGAAUUUCACCAAAUACGGUUACUUUUAAUAUCUUGAUAGAUUCACAUUGUAAAGAAGGGAACAUGAAAGAUGCUUGGGGGAUAUUUAAAUUGAUGCACAAGAUAGAUAUAGAGCCUAAUCAGAUUACUUACAGCUCAAUGAUCGAUGGUCUGUGUUUGGCAGGUCAAUUGCAAGAUGCGGUCGAACUGUUUAACUUGAUGGUAGAUAAGGGCCUUCAACCAGAUGUUUUCAGUUGCAAUAUAUUAGUCGAUGGGUAUUGCAAGAACCGUAAGUUGGAUGAAGCUACGCAGCUAUUCAAGAAAAUGAAAGAAAAUGGAUUGGAACCCACAACAGUUACUUACAAUAUCCUAUUAAGGGGACUAUACCAGGAUGGAAGAAUGAAGCCUGCUCAGAGGUUCUUUACUGAGAUGCAAUCUUUUGGUGUAUCUCCAAAUGAAGUCACAUACUGUACAAUUUUGGAUGGUCUCUGCAAGAAUGGAAAAAUUGCGGAGGCAAUGGAAUUGCUCGAAUCCAUGGAGGGUAGUGGCAUCUUACCUAAUGUUGAAAUGUAUAAUAUCCUUAUUCAUGGUUUGUUUUGGGUUCGCCUGUUGGAAGAUGCAAGAAAACUGUAUAAUGAGAUUCCAGAAAAAGGAUUAGUUCCUAAUGUGGUAACAUAUAACACAAUGAUAGGUGGCCUCUGUUAUCACAGGAUGUUCUUGGAGGCUAACAAGUUAAUCAUCCAAAUGGACGAGAAAAAUUGCUUACCAAAUUCUAGAACAUAUGGUACCAUCAUCAAGGGUUUUCUAUCACCGGUAGUUAAUUCAGGAUUCUUUGCAGAUAUAUUGUGGCUCAAAUUAGGAUUAUUCUUCUUUGCAUGUAAUUGUAUAUAUUACUUAGAAUAGUUAGCCAAAUAGUAUAUAGCAUUAGUUCUAUAUUUUGUUGCCUGUUAUAGGCUGUACAAUGAUCUUAUUUAUACAGAAUGAAAUGAAUAGAGAAGG